CCACCAACGAGAAUCGAUCCCAAACCGACAGCGCAUCAAUCGAACGCUUUUACCACUGGGCUACGUCUAUCACGAAUUAUGUUCUUUGAUGUGCACGAUUGUAACAAUAUGCACGCUUUAAUAUCAAAUUAUUUGAAUAUGCCAGUGGGUCACUGAUGAGUGAUGAGCAAUGACCUAUCGCUAGUCAAGCAGGAGUGGAGUAGAACUGUUUUCUCGUGCCCCUAUCCAAAAAGGUUCAGGCACGCCCACCAUGGAUCCAUGUUCUGGCAUCGCCAGUCCACGGUUCCAUGGCGGGAGGAGUCAAGCAGGUGCUUUUCUAAAUAAAUGCUCCGGUGGCUCUGACACUGGUAAUCUAUGUCGGAAGUGUGAUUGCGCACUUCCGUCUACAAGGAAAAAACAAAAUGGCAGAAGACAAUGUGACGGUCUCAACAAAUUCAGAACUCGUGGUAAAUAACGAUGAACAAAACAACCAAGUUCAGAAUGGAACUAAUCAAAACAAUCAGGAAGUACCACCAGCUCAAGGAACAAAUGUCUGGGGAAUUAUUAAGACUCUUGGAGUUCGAAUGUUUUUCAUUUACAUCAUCGCAAGUCUAUUCCGAAGAUCUCCACCAGCCAACCCGACACAAGAUGGUGGUGGUGCUGCACAAAUACCUUCCACGAACGUCUUUCAUGCAAAUAUGAAAAUGGAUAUGUAUGUUUAUAUUACGGAACAAGAAGAAUUCACAGACUUCAAAAAUGAACAGUCCCUGUUUUGGCAGAAGAAAGGACUGACGUAUGGUGACUGGAAUAGUGGCCCCAAUGGAGAUGGCUCGUUCACAAAGUUCGGUCAAAUUCAUGCAUCAGAGGCAGUGCAGAAUAAUGGAUCACUGUACAUUCAUGUGUACUUUGUGAAAUCGGGGAAAAGUCCUGAUCCUGAAGACAAGGGGAAAUACUCGCGGAAGACAACAACCUAUCGCUCAAAACGUUUGAAUCGAUACAAGAAAAGACAUUUCCACAACACAGUAAACCUACUGACUGGCCAAACGGAUGUCCAUCCUGAUCUUAUCAAGAAAGAGAACUCUUCCUCAUAUGAGAUCCUGUCCCACUGGCAUCCCAAUCUGACUUUGAAUCUGCUGGACGAUCAUUCUCCGUGGAUACAGGGCAGCAUUCCUCAACCGCUGGACGAAUAUAUUGAGUUUUUGCCCGGCCUUAACAAAUACUACCCAGUGAUCUUCUUCAAUGAGUACUGGAACCUGAACACCGAGUUCACUCCAGUUAAUGACACCACUAAAGUCUUAAACCUAACGUUGACGUAUUCACCGAUUUCAUUAUUCCGAUGGCAACUAUAUGCUGCUCAGGGCAUGCGGAACAAGUGGUACAGUUUCCUUGGCUCUGACAUGGAAGAAUCGGAUGAUGACCAAGAUGCACUGAAGACUGCAUUUCUGGAGACCAAUCCUUACCUUUUGGCUCUGACCAUUGUUGUGUCGAUUGCUCACAGUAUCUUUGAGUUCCUGGCAUUCAAGAAUGAUAUUCAGUUCUGGAAGUCGCGCAAGUCUCUCGAGGGUCUGUCUGUGCGGUCGAUUUUCUUCAAUGUUUUCCAGUCGCUGAUUGUCGUCCUGUAUGUCCUCGACAACGAGACCAACACUGUUGUCAGGAUCUCCGUCUUCAUAGGACUGCUCAUUGAAAUAUGGAAGAUCAAGAAAGUUGUCGAUGUUAAGAUUGACAUGGAGAACAAGUGGUUUGGUAUUUUACCCAGACUCAGAAUUGAAGACAAAUCCAGCUACACACAAUCACAAACUAAGCAGUAUGAUUUGCUGGCGUUCAAAUAUCUGUCUUGGCUGCUGUUUCCCCUGCUGGUUUCUUACUCGGUGUAUUCCCUGCUGUACAAUGAACACAGAGGGUGGUACUCCUUCAUCCUCAGCAUGAUGUAUGGAUUCCUUCUCACGUUUGGUUUCAUCAUGAUGACGCCUCAGCUGUUCAUCAACUACAAGCUGAAGUCCGUGGCUCAUCUUCCCUGGAGGAUGCUCACGUACAAAGCCCUGAACACAUUCAUUGAUGAUAUAUUCGCUUUUGUUAUAAAGAUGCCCACGUUAUAUCGAAUAGGAUGUCUCAGAGAUGAUGUAAUAUUCUUUAUAUAUGUCUAUCAGAGAUAUAUAUACCGUGUCGAUCCAAAGCGUGUGAACGAGUUUGGAACAAGUCAAGAGAUGGUAGAACAAAACGGUUCUGCGGGUGGGGGGGACCAGAUGGCCAUUAAGGACAAGAGUACUGACGAGAUGGUAGAGAACGUAGAGGAGAAACCUGAACAGGAGAAGAAGGAGGACUGAGACAACAUAAAAAACUGUGGACUGUUGUAGAGUAACUAGUAUACUGUAAAUCAGGAAACUAAUGCGUCUUGAUAUUAUUGCGACAGGCACACACCAAAAUAGUUAUUUUCAUUGAGAAAAGAUUUCUGCUCAUCCCUCCGCCCUCUCCCCUUUAUGAACAACAACAAUAACUCAUGGACUGUUCGGUUUGCUUGUACAGAAUGCCUUUGUUUUAAGUUAUUAUUUCUUGUUUAUAACAUAGAUACUUUCUGUUGACCUGAAGUAGUACUUUCAUUGAAACAGAUGCUCACCCCGCGUAUGUCAGCAUUCAUUUUGUUGUUUGUGUUUUUGUUUUGUAUUUUUGUUUUGUAUUUUAUUCUUUGUAGUUUUGUUGCUUCAAAAUAUAAAAUGUCGCGGAAUUACUGCACCAAUACCACGGUCACGUUUUUCACAUUAAUAUCUUGGACGCAUUUAUUUCAUGAUUUGCAGUAAGUUAUAGAUGAACAGAUCAUGUUUCCCCUGCUACAGACAAAUUGUGUGCAAUCUCUGUGUCCUAUUUGAUGUCUUUUAAAACGUAAAACAUUUCUUGUUUUGUUUUCACACACUUGCCCUCAUAUUCUGUUGUAAAUGAAUUGGAGCUGUUAUAUUGAAAUUCUUGGGGUGUUUUAUUGUUUAAUUACUGUACUGUAAGCAGAAAGUCGGUUAUUGAGUGUGUACAUCUAUUUAAUAAAUUUGUUUCGAAUAGAGUAAGAUACAUUCUGAAAUCUACAGGGGUUCUAGAACAUUUUCAAAAUUCACUGGCAUUGGUUGCAGUGGAUUUCAAAAUUCACUGGCCUUGAUUGAAAAUUCACUUGCCCAACUUGCUACCUAGUUCGUUACAAAAUAAACCUGCUAAAAACACCUGUCAGUUCAGAAUAUUACCUUUAACAGUCCAAUCUGAAAAUGCAUGCUACAUGUUUAUUGACAGUUUUCAUAAUUGGAAAUAAUAAUUGCAUUUUAAUUUAAUGCUCAUACAUCCUCUGUAAUGGUGAGGGUUUUUGUUUUUUUACAAAAGUGCCACAAUAAAUAAAAAAAUUAUCUCUCGCUGGCCAUCGGGCACAUCAGAGGAAUUUCUUGGUUGCCAGACUAUUAAAAACACUGGCCACUGUGUUCUAGAACCCCUGAUUCUAGCAUUGUCCUAAUUAUUUUAACAUUUGUCAUUUUUGUGUUAUUUAUUUACUGUUUGUCAUUGCAUUGAUAGGUUUUAGUAAAAGAUGGGGGUUUUGUUGGGGGGUUUUAAGUUCCCAAUGUUAAACCUGGAGAUGCUAGUGUUUGAUCCAUUAUUAUUAUUGUUAUACUGGCGGGAACAAAAUAUUAACUGAUCCAAAGUAGAAAAAAGCCUUCAAAGGGAAGUAAUGCAUGGCUUAAUAACAAAGACCACACUGCUUGAAACGGUUUAUUCUGUUUGUGGUUAUGAAAGUUGUAAAUGUAAUUUCUAAAUGAAUUGACUGAUACCAGCAAAAUCGAAGGGAGUGUUAAAAAUACAUAAAGUGUGGAGGGUUUAUUAACAAUUAUUUAACUGAAAUUGUAAUACUUCCUCUCCUUUUUUUAAAUUGUAAUUAAAAACAAACCGUAUAGAAGUGUUUUUGUCAUUAUUCCUGUUCAUUCUCAUUAUCUCAUUAGCUUAUGUUUUACCAGUGUAUUUGUCAAUUAAUUACUGGUUGUUGUCUUAAAUAGUUUGCAUUCUUCAGAAAUUCAUUUGAUAUGGCAAAUGCCUUGAAUAUGUUGUCCUAAACAUUGAUGAUACCUAUAUCUUGAUUUGCAAAAUAACCCAAGUUGUUUGUUAAAAUGUUUUGACUGUUAUUGUGGUUCAUGAUUUUAAAGUUUUCUUAGACUAUGUGAUGGUCACCAAAAUCAUGUUGAUACUAAAUUCAUUUUUGCUUGUCAUAUCUCAAAUAUUGAUAAUUGAAGGUCAUAUUUUAAUUUUCUGUUCUAAAAUUGUGCUCUGUCCAACUGUUUGUAAACUUUGCUAAAGUUAGGGGAUAUUUUCUGGCAUUAUCUUAUAGUCAGUACUCAAUUUUUCAGCAUGAGUUAAAUGAAAAUUAUUCUUUAGUUUGUGUACAACUAAUGCUUCAAUUCAUUGUGCCAAAACCACUGCAGGUCAGUUUGUUGAUCAUAAUGAAUUGCUGAUACUUUGUUAUAUGUCUGUUUUACUGUGUCUGCCAUUUCAAAGGUCUUAUGUUAGUUAAUGACUUUGUGAGUCUGUCCAUCCUUACUGUGUCUACCAUUUCAAAGGUCUUAUGUUAUUUAAUGACUGUGAGUGUCCAUCCAUACUGUGUCUACCAUUUCAAAGGUCUUAUGUUAGUUAAUGACUUUGAGUCUGUCCAACCUUACUGUCUACCAUUUCAAAGGUCUUGUGUUAGUUAAUGACUGUAUGUUUGUCCAUUCUUACUGUGUCUACCAUUUCAAAGGUCUUAUGUUAGUUAAUGACUAAGUCUGUCCAUUUUUACUUUGUCUACCAUUUCAAAGGUCUUGUGUUAGUUAAUGACUGUGAGUCUGUCCAUCCUUACUGUGUCUACCAUUUCAAAGGUCUAAUGUUAGUUGAUGACUUAGUAUGUCCAUCCUUACUGUCUAUCAUUUCAAAGGUCUAAUGUUAGUUAAUGACUUAGUAAGUCUGUUCAUUUUUACUGUCUACCAUUUCAAAGGUCUUGUGUUAGUUAAUGACUGAGUCUGUCCAUCCUUACUGUGUCUACCAUUUCAAAGGUCUAAUGUUAGUUAAUGACUGUGAAUCUGUCCAUCCUUACUGUCUACUAUUUAAAAGGUCUUAUAUUGGUUAAUGACUUUGUGAGUGUCCAUCCUUACUUUGUCUACCAUUUUCAAAGGUCUUAUGUUAGUUAAUGACUGUGAGUCUGUACAUCCUUACUGUGUCUACCAUUUCAAAGGUCUUAUGUUAGUUAAUGACUUUGUGAGUGGCCAUCCUUACUGUGUCUACCAUUUCAAAGGUCUUAUGUUAGUUAAUGACUUUGUGAGUGGCCAUCCUUACUGUGUCUACCAUUUCAAAGGUCUUAUGUUAGUUAAUGACUUUGUGAGUGGCCAUCCUUACUGUGUCUACCAUUUCAAACGUCUUAUGUUAGUUAAUGACUUUGUGAGUAUCCAUCCUUACUGUGUCUACCAUUUCAAAGGUCUUAUGUUAGUUAAUGACUGUGAGUGGCCAUCCAUGCACAUGUUGUUUGCAUCCAACCAGUAUUUGCACUUAAUAUAAGUAGUAUUCAUUUUUCCUGCUUAUACUGAAUGACGGUCAUUGUUUCACACUGUUAAUAUCCAUUUACAUCCCAAUCUUUUAUUUCAUCGUUUGUUUGAAGGUUACACUAUGUAUCAUUGUGUUUGUGUGCAUCUGACCAUACUAUGUGUAUGAGAACUGGUCAGGUUGGGGUUUACUACUGCAGAGUGCAGGGCUAUCUCUGGGUCAGCAGAAAAUUAAAGUAUCUAUUAAAGUUCAAAAAUUGCAAAAACCCAAUAAUAUUGUAACAAAAUAUCAAUUAUUACAUGAAAUUAUUUCAACAAAUUAACAUAAAGUUUGCCAAUUGUUUUGGAAAUUCACAAUUGGCGAAUUUGGCGAGUGCCAGGGUUAGCUCUGAGAGUGGGAUCUGAAUGAACCUUCUUUAAAUUAUUGGUUUUCUGGUUUUUUUUACAGUUCCUUCCUUUGCAGAAAGGGCAGGGGGAAAAAUUACCCAUGAAUUUCUUAAUUCCAUACAAGUACAAACCCAUUUUUAAUUAAAAUGUUCUGGCAAUACCCUGACAUGUGGGCUAAUAUUCUGGGUCCUGUUUUAAAAAGUGAUCUUGGUGCUAAAUUAACCUUCAGUACCUAACUACCGUUUUAUGCACUUAAGGUGAUUUUAGUAAAAAGAUUGCUUCAUAAAACAGGGACGUGAUCAUUAUCAUAAUGAAAUUUGGGCAAACUUGAUAUGAGACACCUCAUCCAUAACACUUGUUGAAGCAAAACCGUAACAAAAUAUACCUUUAUAAAAUAACUACUAUACAGUAACGGUGUAUGCAAAUUUUCAAUUCUGUAUUGGAUGUCCAGACCAUAUUAAUAUGUUGCAUUUGAGGUAUCUAACCUUUAAAAUAACAUUUGGUUUAUUAUUAUUAUUAUUAUUAUUAAGUCUAACUUAAUUGAGUCUUUCUAUAGUCAUUACCAAUAUACUUUCAUUGAAAAUAGUAUUAGUGAAUGAAUGAAUGUUUAACAUCACCCCCAGCAUUAAUGAAAAAACACCAGCUAUUUGGUAUCAAACAAUAUUCAGUUUUGAUGACUUGACAAAUUUGUUAAUAAAUAACAGCAUAAUGUGGACAUUACUUACACCAUUCAAUCUGUCACAUUUAUUAUGUUUGGACAUAAGCGAUGUACGUCUUGAAGGGAUAGUUAAUUUUAUGUUUAGUGUUUAUCACCGACUGGGACUGUCACCUGAUAUUGCUACUGCCAUAGCGGCACAACUUGCUUAAUAUCUUGGUAGGCCUACCACAUCUUGUUUUAGCACAGAAAUUAAAGUUGUCUUCUUCUUUCGUUCCUUCUUGUAAUCAUAUCACAGAGAGAUGUUUGCUGCCAGGAUGAAUCUCAUAGUGACACGGAGGGAUUCCUGGUCUCCAUAAAGUUUUUCUUCUGUGUUUUUCGGUGUUGGCCAGUGAGCAUCUCUGAGUUGGCUGUGUUGUUGGCAUUAAAGUUAUAACUGAUAAUUAAACAAUAAUAUACCAGGUGUCAAAAUUGGCUAAAAUUCCUGCUGGACAUUCAGUUCUGCCAAACCAAAUGAAAACCUGCUGGAUGAAACAUGAUCAUAAAGUAUCAACACAAAAUAAUUGCCGGUCCAACAGCCUUUGGUGAUGUUGACGGUAAAAACUAGUCAGGAUGGCACUAUUUCUACCACUCUAUACCUAUAUUGAAGUCUUCCAAUAAAAGAAAAUACACCAAAGGGUUAAUGAGUAAACAAUUUGAAUGUUCAAGAUUUGAAAAAUAACUUCCAGGGUGUCUGGUGUUAAAAAAGAAAUGGGUUAUGCAAAAUAUGUUCUACAAUGUUACUAGUAAGAAUUUCAACAACUUUAAUUAUGGUAAAUGAUUUCCAAAAGUAAGAUAUUAAUAGAAGGUAAAGAUUUAAUAAUGAUUUUCUCAUUGCGCUAGCAGUAUUUAUAGCUGUAACAGUGGCAAUAUUCAGUGUCGGUGACUUCCUCUGUUUUGUUUUCUUUAUUUAUGUAUCGUUUUCAUUAAUUAUUUUAGAACAAAACUAAAACAACUAUAAAAGGGUUAAUAAAACAUGAGCAUUUACUGGGGUGUUGAGGUUUUUUUUGUGAGGAUCCUGGAAAGCCGAUGUUUCCUUGCUUUUUGUGAUACAUCUGUAAAAUGUGUUUGUGUGAAACACCCAUUAGUUGUGUAUUUCAGAAUUUAUUUACUGUAUUAAAACAGAUCAGUAUGAAUGUAUUUGUGUGCAUUAUUCAGGAUGCAUGUUUUGUGGGUAUGUCACCUUGCAUGUAUUAAUAGUUUGCUUUUUUAUUUGGAAAAUAAACAUAAUGAUAUAUGAAA